CGCGUGCGCAGCGUCUCGCAGCCUGGAAGAGGUUAGCAGGGGUCUGAAGUCACGCGCGGGUUUGAGGUGACGCCGGCGUCUGCGACUUUUUCUCUUUUAGAGUUUAAACCUGGGCGGCUCAGUCCCCGAUCUUACACGGCUGGGGACUUGGGGUUGCUACGGACGCUGAAGUUCCUGCGCCCGCGCCUCUCACCUUGGGUUUAUAAAUCCAGCAAAAUAGUGCAAUUCAUAGAAACGAAGAAGAGAAUGGUGCUUGCCAGCGUCUGCGAGAAAGGAAAAAUGAAGAGUUGCUGUUCAAAAAGAAUACAUUUUCAGUUAUGCAAGGGACUAUUGACAUUCCAGGAUGUAGCCAUAGAUUUCUCUGCAGAGGAGUGGGACUGCCUGGACCUCAAGCAACGGGAAUUGUACAGGGAUGUGAUGUUAGAGAACUACAGGAACCUGGCCUCCUUGGGACUUGUUGUCUCUCAGCCAGACCUGGUCACCUUACUGGAGUACAUCAAAGAUCCCUGGGAUGUAAAGAACAUGGAGACAACAGUCUUACACGCAGAUUAUUUUGGGGAUUUACUAUUUUGUGAUGUUCCACCUUCAUUUGAGAAGAAGCUUUUCUAUUUUUGCCAAACUGUUGGGCUUGUGAAAGAGAUUGCUUCAAAGCAAUUGAUCAGCUUUGGUAGUAUUGACAAUCAAUGAUAUUAAGUAUCCUGGCCCAGGAAUAUGGAAUGUGUGUUUGUUUGUUUGUAUGUUCUCAGCUUAUUUCCAGGAAUAUUUGAUAAUUUUUACCACACAAGUGUUCCACUACCUUCAUUAAGUUAACUCUGAAUAGUUUAUUUUCUUUAAUGCUAGUUUAAAUGAAAAUAUAGUCUCAAUAUUUUUCUUGGAAUAUUUUCUGUUAGUGUAUAAAUAUACCACUAAUUUUUGUUUGAUUUUUGGUAACUUUAUGAUUUGUUUUUUUUUUUUUAUGUGGUUGGUUGAGGAUUUCCUAUAUAGGAUUUUUUUCAUCUGCGAAGAGAGAUCUUUUACUCCUUCCUUUCUGGUUUCAGUGACUUUUUUUUUCCUCCUUUUUCCUGAUUGUUUUGAGUGAAAAACCUAGUACUAUGUUGAAUGAUGAUGGUGGGAAUGUGGAUUCGUAAAUGUUUUUGAAUAUUAAGUAGAUUUCAGUCUUUCACUAUUGAAUAUGAUGGUAACUCAUCUUGGUGUAUAAGAUCUUUAUUACAUUCUGUUUGUUUUUGUCAGUUACUAUUUCGGGUGUUUUUCUGUGAUGGAUUUCUGACUAUUGUUUAUUUAUCUGCAUCAUUUGAUUUCAUUGUGUGGCAUGACCUUCAUUCUGUGCAUAUGCUCUUAAUAUACUUUUAAAAAUUUCCAUUUAUUGCAACAACCUUACA